ACGUGAACACACACACAUACACACGCAUACACAUAUUUUCUUUCAUGGGAAUCGUGCGAGUGCGUGAUUGAGGAAGAAUGGUUGAGGAAAAAACGGAUCUUUCGAAGGAGAAUCAGAUGCAGAAUGGAGCGAAAGAGCUGAAGACGUAUUCCUUGGAGAUUCUGAAAAUAAUCAAGGAAGCGCAACAACAACAUGGGUUGAGGCAUAGUGAUUACCAGCGAUAUCGCGGUUAUUGCUCAAGAAGGCUUAGAAGGCUAAGGAAGGUGUUGAAGGUACCGCAAGGUGAUAGACGUCAUUUUAAGAGAAAGGAUAUUACGGCAACUAUGGUCAGUGAAGACAAGUUUCUGCAAGUGCCCUUGAUUAUGGCUGAGCGAGCAUGGAGCUUUGCGAUGCAGCUGCGCCAAGAGUCUAACACGGAACCGAGAAAGAAGUUUCAUCUGAUAUCAAGAUUGAAGAAAGCAGCCGCAUACUCCUUACAGUUACAGGAGUUAAUAGAAGCGCGUGUUGAGGAGUUAGCUCCUAGUCUCAGAUAUUGCGCUUAUAACAUUGGAGACAUUAGCGCUAUGGACGAUCUAAUGCAGAUGCGCGGGCAAUUGAGUGGCGAGUUGAUGGCAAGUUUGGAUUCUUUAAUCGCUCAGACGCGAGAAAAACAAGCUAACAUCGAGGAAGUAACAUGGUGUGGAAAAUCUUGCGGCACGGUGCCGCCGCGAGCGGCUGGUCUAAUCAUCGCGGAUUCCAGAUUGAAUCAAGCUCUGGAGAAGGCUGCCACUAAUCAAGCAAAGAUCGAUCUAUUGGAGGCACAUUUGAUAGAUUGCAAGGACGCUCUGUUGGCGGUGCGUGAUCACUUCAAGAACGAGUUGAAGAAUAAGGAGGACAAGUGGUCGGCACCACAGCAUUUGAUCAAUUAUUUGCAAUAUAUUCGAUUGUCUCGCACGCUGGAACGCAAUCUGGCAUUGGUAAAGGCGGCCGAGGAAUCGGAGAAAGCUAAGCCGCAAGAUAUAGUGCGUCUGUACGAGGCGGCGUUACAUAAUCUUGUGGAGAUAUCUCAGUUGCAAGACGAUGCAGAAUUCUUGGAGGAACAAGAAGCAAAAACGAAGUGUUACAGGGCCUUCAGAUGUUUUUAUAUGGCACAGAGUCUCGCCAAUUUGCAUCGUUGGCGCGAAGCUAUGGCUUUAUAUCAGAGGUCGCUGCAACAUGUUAAAGAUGCAUUUAAAUAUGACAAGAUUCUUCCAGUUCCUCUGAAGGAAGCUUUAUGCAAUUUGGAAACUUCCGUGGAGGCUGCACAGUAUGCCGCUCAUGCCUACAGCGUUCUAGAAGAUGGUCAGGAGGAGGAGAGUGGAACCAGUAAGCUUGCCAAGAGCAAGAAACCGUUAUACGAACGUUUGCACGAAUACAGGGAGGAUCCAGCGCUUCUGACGAAGCAACCGAACGUCUACAAACUGCCACCACCGAUGCGCAGUAUUCCCUGCAAACCUCUUUUCUUUGAUUUGGCCUUCAACAUGGUCGAGUUCCCUGAUCUAUCGCACAAAAUGGGCGAUCAGGCCAAGAAAGGACAGGCUGGACUCACCGGUUUUGUCAAAGGUCUUUGGGGUUGGGGUAACAAAUGAAUAUUUUAUACAUAGCUUUAAACAUUUGAUAUGCAAAAGAACUUUAGAUACAUUGUACAGACAGUAUUGUCAUGGCACUGUAUAUUCCUGUGUCUCUGCAAUAUGGUGCAAUCAUAUUGGUCUCAAAAAUAUUUUAUUCUAGUGCAAGUUGAAUUUGCAUCAUGCCAAUAUUAUUGAAGGAAAGAAAUAAAAUGGAACACUUGUA